AUGAACAUGUUGGCACCUAUGAAUAUAAAUUCAUACACCAACCAUGUGACAGCUAUUCAUGGAACUGCUGAAGUUGUUGCCAAGGCAAGCAUGAAAAGUGCAGCUGAGGAGACAAAGCAGUUUUAUGAACCAGAAGAAGAUGGUGGGCAUGAUAUUGGUAUUACUGCGGACGAGACCUGGAGACAAAGGGGAUAUUCAUCUUCCUACGGGGUCGUUACUGGCAUGUCGUUGAUUACCGAGAAAGUGCUAGACGUUGAAACCAUGUCGAAAGAAUGCUGGGAGUGUAUUACUUGGAGCAGCAAGAAAGGUUCAGAGGAAUUUGAACAUUGGUGGGAAGGUCAUCAACAAAUUUGCUCAAACCGGGGUGUCAGACAAAGAAGUGUCGCAAGAAAAUAG